CAAUGAGCGACGCGAGGGGUGGUGACGCGCCUGCGCAGGUCUGCUGUCAUGGCGGUAGUCUGAGUCGACGGCGAGGGUCUGGGGUACACCAGGCUGGGGGUCGCGGCGGGUGCUCCUGGUGCACGAGUAAUGUGGGACCCUGCCAUGGAUGAGGUCACCUUCAGAAGCGACACGGUGCUGUCAGAUGUCCACCUCUACACCCCAAACCAGAGACACCUUAUGGUGCGGCUGAAUGGCGUGGGGCAGCCCGUUUUCCUGUCCCAGUUCAAGCUUCUAUGGAGCCAAGACUCUUGGAUGGACGCAGGAGCUGAGGGUGGCGAUCACAGACAUGUGCAUACACAAGAGACCCCUCCUCCUGGGCCAAGGGGCCCAGGUUCCCCUCCUGGAAGUGAUUACAGUCCUGAGAGUUUCUCCCUCCAGGCCAGGGCUGACAACACUGGCCAGGAAGGAGCAGGUGCUCAGCUGGACAAGGAUGGGGAUUUGGACGUGGUGAGAAGACCACGGGCUACCUCUGAUACUGACCCUGAAGAGCCACCUCGAGACAAGGUACAUCCCAUGAUCCUAACGCAGGAAGAAGAGGAUGUCCUAGAAGACAAAGCACCAGACAGCUGUCUCCAGAGUAUCAUCAAAAUAGAGCACACCAUGGCCACCCCCUUGGAGGAUGUUGGCAAGCAGGUGUGGCAGGGUGCCCUGCUCCUGGCAGACUACAUCCUGUUCCGGCGGGACCUCUUCCAGGGACGCACUGUGCUAGAGCUCGGCGCUGGCAUGGGGCUUGCCAGCAUCGUGGCAGCCACCAUGGCGCGGACCGUUUAUUGUACAGAUGUCGGCGCAGACCUCCUGGCCAUGUGCCAGCGAAACAUUACCCUCAACAGCCACCUGGCUGCCGCUGGAGGUGGUGUAGUGAAGGUCAGGGAGCUGGACUGGCUAAAGGACAACCUCUGCACAGAUCCUGAGGUCCCCUUCAGCUGGUCAGAAGAGGACAUCUCUGACCUUUAUGACCACACCACCGUGCUGUUUGCAGCUGAAGUGUUUUACGACGACGACCUGACUGACGCCCUGUUUCGCACGCUGUGCCGGCUCGCCCGCAGGCUGAAGAACGCCUGCACGGCCCUGCUGUCAGUGGAGAAGAGGUUCAACUUCACACUGAGGCACCUGGACGUCACGUGUGAAGCCUACGAUCACUUCCGCUCCUCCCUGCAUGCGCUGGAAAAGCUCUCCGACAGCAAGCUGCGUUUUGUGGUAGAGCCAGUGGAGGCCUCCUUCCCGCAGCUGCUCAUUUAUGAGCGCAUCCGGCAGCUGGAACUCUGGAAGAUCAUUGCAGAACCAACAGCAUGACCCAUCUCCUUCAUGACACAGGCUCUUGACUGUUCUCAUAAUAUAGUUCUAAUAAUAAAGUUCAGCAAAGUCUUGCA